UUAAGAGUGUAGAGAGGAAGAAGUGCUUUUAAAUACGCAACUUGAACCCAUGUGAAAUUAAAUUGAUAGUAGAGAUGAAUCAGUAUGAGUCCAUGAUAUCACAGGGUACAACGUAAACCAAUUAACAUGUAAAUAAUGAAAGGAUGAUAGUGGCAGUGCACAGUGAGGCUGACGAGUAGAGAAUCAAGAUGAGUACAGAAUAUGUGGAGAGAACUGAGACCACUACGACCUCCACUGGUGAUGGGAUAUCUCUACAGUCUGGCUAUCUACGCACUCUCAAGGCCUAUCUAAAGAUAGGAGAAAUGGUGCUGUGUCUGAUUGCGUUCAUCUGUAGCUCCGUGGACUGGUGGGUACCCCUGGGACAAGGCUGGGCCCAGUUUGUCUUCAUCUCCGCACUGAUAACCACGCUCAUCUUCUUCAUAUUUCAUCUAUUCAACGUUUUCUCCAAGCUCCCUGGACCCUGGGUAUUCAUUGAGUUUGUAUACUACGCCGUGUACUGUGUCCUCAUCUUUAUUGCAGUCAUAGUCUGUCUGGCUCGGGGAGCCCAGUAUAAUCACGGUGGAAUUAUUGCUGCCACGGUUUUCGGAAUGGCAGCCCUGGCUCUGUACUGUGUGGACACCUUCUUCAUGUACAGGGAAUGGCAGGCCUCCAAGUACCAUGCCGGAUCCAGUGCUGGUGGUACCGCCACUACCACUACAACCACCACCCAGUCUAGUUAUGAAACCAGGACCCAGUACUAACAAGAUUUGACCCCACUUCCACAUUCCUUAACAUGAAAUCUAUGAAAGGAUGGAGUGCUAGAUCUGAGGACGUUAUAUAGUUUUUGAAAUUCCUAUAUUAUAUUGUACAACUCUUAUUGAUUUAUUUUUUCUCAAUUUUAUUCUAUGCUAGUUUGGGUGGUUUAUUUUUAUAAUUUUUUUCUUUUAAUAGUAGACAAGAGAUUAGGUGGAAAUUAAUCUUGGAUUAGAUUUUCAAUGUAUGAUUGCUUUGUAAAAUUGCACCAUUUCACAUCUUGCAGCAUUUUUUUUAUGUUGUGAUUUGGUUGUCAUAUUGGUUGGAUAAUGGAUUAUUUAUUUCCAAUGGGAAAAUAUGAAAUUGCUUCAGACAAAAAGUUUGUACUAUCAUAAAAAAAAAUUGAUAAAAAUUGAAAUUAAAGAAAACUUGCUAAACAUGUAUUUAUAAACACUCAAAAAUACAAUUUUUGAAAGAGUGAAAACCAUUUACCAGACAUUAAUGUUUGGUAAAAUGUUUAAGAAAAUUGACAAGAAAAUUGUGCCAUGAAAUUUUCUUAUAAUCUUUUCCAAAAUUAAGAAAAAAAACCUUUUGCUUAGUUUUUGAGAAAAUACUUGAUAUCUGUUAUAUUGUGUAUAAAAAUGUAUCAGGUUAUUGUAUGUAGUAUACUAAUAUCUUACACAUGUACAUGUAUGUAAAAAAUGUACUAGGCAUAUAUUAUGCAAAUGAAAAUCCAUGCACUUGUGUAAAGGGGUAAAGAAAAAAAUCCUAAAAUCCCAUUAUUGAUGCUUCAAUUUAUACAAGAGUUUUAAUUUUGAAGACGUGAUUUUUUUAAGCCGAGAUAUCAACUAUUAAAAAAGUUACUUUUCACAGUAAGUGUCAAAGAAAUAUAUGCAAAUCUAUGUAGCAUGUACAUGUAGUACACAUAACAUUCAAGAGAAGUAUAUAUAAAGAAAAACACAAUUUAUCCCCUUUGCACUGAAGUGUACAUGUAUUUAGAUAUAUACUUGUUGUCAAGAGUCCUUUUAUCCAAUAUUUAUAUGAAUGAGUGUUUUAUCUCUGUCAUGGCAGUGAAAAUAAGAAUGUGUAGUGUUUAUUUAAUCUCAGAGAAAAUAAGAAUGUGUAGUGUUUGUUUAUAAUCUCAAGAGAAAACACAAAUAUGUUUAUUUAAUCUAAAAAAAAAAAAAGAAUUACAAAUGUGUGCAUAUCUGAUUGUUAUAAAAUCUCUAACUGUUGCAUAAUGAUUUAUUUUUUAGAAAGUUUGGAAUUUUUUAAAAAUUUUGUUUACACACUUUUUUUUAUACAGAUUUGGAUAUAGCUGUAAGUGUAUUAGAAAUAUGGUAUAGAAAUUACACUGAAAUCUAUUGUUAUAAAACACUUUACUUUUGGGGGGGGGUUACAAAUAAAGCAAAUUUUUCACACUUUGGUCAUAUAUUUCCUAAUUCAGAAAUUGGUUAAAAAAAACCCAAAAAACCAUGAUUGUAAAUUUUGUUAAUGAGCAUGUUUUGUAAAUUGUAACUGUUACCAGUUAAAUUAUUUUUAAUUCAAAAAUGUCUAUGUCCAUUGCACAAAUUUGGAAGAAAAAAAAAUUAACUCAGAAUCAAUUAUUUUUGUUUUUUGAAUACCAAAGCUGUAUGCCAUUGAUAUACUUAUGUUAUUGAUUAUUAAUGAUAUGAAUUGCAUAGAGGAGCUGUUAGUUUUGUACAAUUAGCAGGCUUUGGUGUGUAUCCAUACAAUGUGUUUAUAAAUUAGAGUGUUAAUGACUUGAAUUAAA